GUUGUUGUGACAUUCGCCACCGAACACUCCAAGGUCCGCGUGCUGAAAACUCGACUGUGCAGAUCAGCAGACGAGCCAGAAUAUCUUGUCCGGCUUUUCGGAGAGUGCUUGGGUAGAAGUUUGUUCGUGUUUGGCCACAUCGUGUGAUCAUGCCGCCAUGACACCUAGACUAAGCCCAGCAUUGCUGUGUUUACAGCUUCUUCUACUCUUUCACGUGGAUCAAGUGUCUGCGGCAGAUCAGAAUGUAUCCAAUUUGAUCUCGAAUUUGUUUGGUGAAUAUAACAAGUUAGUUCGACCAGUCAAGAAUGCAUCCAUGCCACUUAUCAUCAGAUUCGAAGUCUUCUUUGCGCAUGUUCUUGAUAUGAAUGAAAGGGAACAGACUCUAAGCAGUUCCAUAUGGUUGACAUUGACUUGGACGGAUGAUUACUUGACAUGGGAUCCUGACGACUAUGGUGGAGUCUAUGUGUUCAAAAUCCCCUCGCACGAAAUAUGGCUUCCUGAUAUCUACUUUUAUAACAAUGCCGAGCUGCAAACGAGAAACUUUCUUGUCGGUCCAGUGGUCAAGAUCUUCUCUAAUGGGGGAAUCAUGUGGGCAGCCCCGGUCAACUUCAAAGGGUACUGCCUGCUCGAUGUUCGCUACUUCCCAUUCGACCAUCAGCACUGCGAUAUGAAGUUUGGUCCAUGGCAACACAAUGGCAAAGAGAUAAUCAUGGAGGGACACGGUAGCCAGUCAGUGUUCAUGAGUAAUGGUGAAUGGGACAUGACAGGCAUCAGUACCGUAGAUAACCUUGUAUAUUACCCAGACGAUCCAGGGGUCCCCUUUACAGAUACAACCUUCACCAUCAAGUUCUCAAGACGUUCAGAGUUCUACGUCUUUAAUCUUAUGAUGCCAUCGUGUCUGAUUUGCCUCAUGGCGGCGCUCGCUUUUCUGCUGCCACCUACGUCACAAGGAAAGGUCAAUCUUGGGGUCACGUUUCUAUUGUCGAUGACAGUGUUUCUGAUGAUUGUUGCUGAGUCUAUUCCACCGACCAAUCAGGUCCCAGUUAUCGGUCAAUAUUUUGCUGCAACAAUGCUGCUGGUAUCCUUGUCGUUGGUUCUUAAUGUCAUAGUUGUGGCCAUCUUUACCCACGCACUUACCGGGCAGCCAGUUCCAAGAUACAUUCGUACUAUUGUCCUUGGUGUUUUUGCUCCAAUUGUUCGCAUCUCUUCGGAAGAAAUCCGUGAUAUUCGUCGAAAAACCUUUAAGCAAAAGAGUCACAAUCAUAAAGUUCUGACGAAGUCCGGAGGUGGAACCAAGUUUACUACCGUCCCGAGCAAGGAACAUUCAAAAACACAUGGAGUCAAUUUCUACAUGGAUUACGUACCCAACUCGCAUCAUAGCAACGACAGUGACAACUCCAAGAGACACGGGGAACAGUUCGAAGCUCUCACGCGAGAAUUGAAGAAAAUGAACGAGACCUUGGCCCAUAUGAAACAGGGUGAGAAACAACUGACACCCGAGCAGAAACGAAACUACAGAGAAUGGGUUUUAGUCUCACGUGUUCUUGAUAGAACCUUUCUUGUUCUUUACUUACUUGGCAAUAUUUUAUCUGUUGUUUUGCUAGUGUUACCUGUCAUGAUACGAAUGCAAUCAGCCUCGUGAGCUAGGUCAACAAGUUGUUUUUGUAAUUUUUUUGUGUGUUUUUUCAAAAUUAUUUUGAUAAUAUAUUGGCUCUGAAAUGAAAUAGUAGAAACAAAACUGUAAUGAAAUAUUCACUUGAAGUUUGUGAAUACAAAAGGCUGUCAUCCUACAAACAUUAAACAAACAAAAUUACAUUUUAUAAAGGAAUCUUAAUUAUUUCGUUUAAAUAGUGUUGUUUCUUGCAUCAUGACAUAGGUUUCCAGUAGUUGGUUUUAACGAAAACUAUAUUGGACUAGAGUUGUAGGAAUGGAAACUGAAAAACAGUUAUUUAUUAUGAUAUAACCAUGAGUUCUUCCGUAAGUGUUGAAGUGGUAAAGUAUAAUGUCAGUACCAAUACGAAUAAAGCACUAGAUAGAUUUCUGUAACACACGGUAGUUUCAUUGUCAAAGGUGUCUUUUUGCAGGUUCUGUAUAGCGCCCUCUCAUGAUCAUACUAGUUGUAUUUUGAAAAUGGUUUCAUUUCUAAAUAGAGCCGAUGAAAAAUAUUUAAAAUGUUGAUUAAAACAAGAAUGUGUGCAAAACGUGUUUGGUGAAUCGUUGAAUCCAAAAGUCAAACCAUGUAAUUAUUAGUUAUGAUCUUGUGAAAAGUUGCAUUUCAACAAUUUUAAGUUUGCAUGAUUUAAUAAACACGUUUCCGAUGACUAUAUCAAUAUACCAGAUUCGUCUUUUAUUCGAAUGCCUCUUUUUAGAUUGAUAUUUUAAGCUGCUUUAUUCAAUAUUGCACCCUUUAUCAUUAUGUAAUAAAGUUGAAAGUUUUAAAAGCAAUGAGUAAGAGUUGAAAGUAUCAUUAAAUCGAACAAACAGUUUGCUGAGCAAACUGGCCAGCCCACUGCCUUGGUGGAUAAUGACAUGACACGGUAGUCUUGAACUGUGAGAUUCGUGUUUUGUAUCUAAAUAUGAAACAUAAAACUAUGUUUAAAUACAUAAGUGAUUCACCCUAAAUUUGGCAAAGCUUCCUCCAUUGAUGUACUUGUUUAAUAUCAAUAAAAAAUAGUCUUCAAACAUUGACAAAGUUGUCGCAAAACUAAUAUGAUUUCGUCGUGGUGUAAAACCGUUGUGCAUCAAGUAUUACAUUAUAACAUCUAUAGGUUGGACAUAGACCAACAUAAUGAUAUCAUCAGCUAAUUGUGGUAGAAAAAUGUCCAACUUGCCCUCUUUCUUGCCCUCAACGUGCAUUUAUCUUUCCAGAUUAUUGUAUGGGUAGAAUGUCUCCCUCAUGUACUCUCACAACACCACUUUGUUAUUCAUUUAUUCAUUGUGACGUUUAUUCAAAUGCUCUUUUUGGAAAAAUAACUCAAUAUGAGGAUUUAUCAGUACAUAGGACGCGCAUAAAGUAAACAAAAUUAAUAGAGUUGUAAUAGGGAAUAAUAAAUAAAUAACUGGGAAUGAACUAUGUAUAGGAGAGUUGCGAGAGCAUGAGGCUGCUUUGACCGAUGACACAGAGGUACACUCAGUCAAGUUUGCCAGCAGGUUUCUGGUUAAAGUUCUUGUGUUUGGCGAUCUGUGGCUGGGCAAUGGGUUAUGAUAGUUGAAUUGCAAACCCAUUUCACAAUAGUACCCAUCCACAGGCAUUCAACAUAAUUUGGUCAUCUUCGCCAGGUUUCUUCGACAGAAUUGAGCUAAACGGGAUCAAGACCCCCCCCCCCGAUCUAGAACCAGUGUAGCUUAGUUUAUUGUAAUGGAUAAGCAGUUUACGUAACACACUAAGACACAAUGAAACUUUACCCCAAAGUAAAAAUAAAUCAGGAUAGUUUUAUUCAUUAAUGACAGCAUUGUAUUCGGUAAAUGUGAACCCUUCUUUUUGAUGUUUUGACACACUAGCAAAGUUGUCUGAUUGGCUAUUGUACAAACAGAAGAACACAAGUCAUAGUAUUUCUCAUUGACACUGAAGAUACUACUUUAAAUAUUAUUCCUAAUGAUCCAGUACAAUAAUUGAACACUUGGCGAUUUGUUUGUUGGGUGUACUCUUAGAUUAAUAGAAAGGGUUUUAACGCAUGAAGUAGUAUAGAUAUACUAGAGCAUUACCCAAUAGGAAUCCCUCAAAAUGGAAGUUAUGUUGUAAAAUUAAAAACGAUAUAAUUUCAGUACUCAUAAACAUUAGUAAUAAUUAAGACAAUAAAUAGUAUUCACGUAGGCUACUAAAUUAAUUUUUUUUUGUUUUUAAUUGAAGCUCAAAUUUAUCAAAACAAUGUUAUUUCCAAACAAUAUCGUUGUCAUUUUCUGUGAGAAUAUCAACAUAACAAAUAAAUCGUGGCAAUAUUUAGUGUCAUAAUAAGUAUCCUUGUAAAGACACUUGACCAUUCUUUUGACAAAAAAAUAUAACAUUGUUUGAAAAUUAUAUAUAAAAGGGGACAAUGAUAACUUAUUGGUAUUUUUCUUGAUGCCAGCGCUUUUGUGUUUCGCAUACUGAAAAUAUUCUUUUCGCCUACAUUCAAAUGAAAACAAUACUGGUUAAAACCUAACGAGUAUUCCAGGUAUAAGCUUAAAGGUUUUGCUUCAAGUUCUUCAUUUCUUACUACUCCAGAUUGGCAGAUUAUAUAAAAUAAAAACAAAUAAAAAACAGAAGGUUAUUAUUAUAAAACAGUUUAUAAAAUGGAACAAAGUUAAUACCUUUGGAGAGUUUCGACCCCUAUACCCUCUUUAUAAUUGCUAUUGGCGCUUGUGAAACUAUGACAGUAUGCAUGAGAUAUAUAUUUUUUCUUUUAAAUAAACUAAUUGUAUUGGACUUCAGUCUUUAUUCGUUAAUUAAUCUACAAAACAAAACGACAACAUUUAUAUAAUGAUUGAUUAUACAUAUCUUUGUUAAGGAAAUCCGGGAUGUGUUUGGCCAGAACACAACUGAACAAAGUAAGGGCGUUAAGAAUUGUGCUUUUGUGACACCAUGACAUAUUUACUGAUUAUCCAAGCUUGUUGAAUUUAAGCAAAUUGUUUAUUUGGCAAAUAAAUUGUGUCGAACCGUUUCAAACAAUGAUAAUAAAUCAAAUGGUUUGAGUAUGUAUUUUUUUCAAAAUACUGUAAGGAACAUCGACCCAUAGAUUGAUGAAUUAAACAUGGGGAAAUAAUUCUGCCCUAGAAUUUUAAAGGUCAUGUUAAAAUCUCACCCUAGUAAUAUGCCUGUGAUUUGUUUUACACAUAUCUGGGGAAA